CUCAAAAACCACUAUAAAUUAAUCAUUUUGGUGAAUAAAUGAUGAAAAAGACAAAACAAUAAAAGCACCUUAAAAACAUUGUCUUACAAUUGAUCACACACAAGUGUUGGAACUGAGACAAAAAUCUUCCCAAACACCAACCAUGGCACCCUUCAUUCAUCCUGAUCUUCAACCUCUUGUGGCCAAAAUGACUCUCUUUGACACCAUACUCUUCUAUAUGAUACAUUUUGUGGACAAGGUUGUGUUAUGGCAUAGGCUUCCAGUGUUGUUUGGGGCAAUAUACUUAGGAAUUAGGAGACGUUUACACAAUCGUUACAAUUUGUUGCAUGUUGGAGGAGUGAGUGGCCACAACUAUGAUAAAAAAGACUAUGCAUAUCGGACUCCCGCAGGUACAUGCAACCACCCUGACGAUCACUUGGUCGGUAGUCAGGGAACUAUCUUUGGCCGUAAUAUGCCUCCAACCACCUCAAAUUAUGGGCUGCUAGAGCCUCACCCUGCUGUGGUGGCCUCAAAGCUUCUAGCAAGAAAGAGUUUCAUAGACUCAGGGAAGCAAUUUAACAUGAUAGCUUGUUCAUGGAUACAGUUCAUGAUUCAUGAUUGGAUUGAUCAUUUGGAGGACACAGAACAGGUGGAAAUCAGUGCUCCUGAUGGUUAUUCAAGUGGCUGUCCUCUGAAGACUUUCAAGUUUUUCAAGACUAAGAAAUUCCAAACUGGCUCUUCAGAGAUGAAGUUUGGCUUCCAAAACACCAGGACUCCUUGGUGGGAUGGAAGUGUGAUAUAUGGGAACAAUGAGAAGGGGAUGGGAAGAGUGAGGACAUUCAAAGAGGGAAAGCUGAGAAUCUCAGAAGAUGGACUUCUUGAGCAUGAUGAGAAAGGUAUUCCUGUGUCCGGAGAUGUUCGAAAUACAUGGGCUGGUUAUUCACUUCUUCAAGCCUUGUUUGUCAAAGAGCACAAUGCAGUAUGUGACAUGCUCAAAGAGCACUAUCCUGAUUUUGAUGAUGAACAACUCUAUAGGUAUGCAAGAUUGGUGACAUCAGCAGUCAUUGCAAAAAUCCAUACAAUUGAUUGGACUGUGGAACUCUUAAAAACUGAUACUCUUCUGGCAGCUAUGAGGAUCAACUGGUAUGGAUUUCUGGGAAAGAAAUUUAAAGAUUUAUUUGGAAACAUUUUCGGACCUGAACUUAGUGGAUUAGUUGGUCUUAAGGAGCCAAGAGAUCAUGGAGUUCCCUAUUCACUUACUGAAGAAUUCGUCAGUGUUUACAGAAUGCAUGCACUGUUACCUGAGGAGAUGGUCCUUCGAAACAUCAAGCCUACAAAAGGAGAAGACAAAUGCCCUCCAAUACUUGAAAAGGUGCCAAUGGAAGCAUUGAUAGGAAAACAAGGAGGAAAAAGGCUUUCAAAAAUAGGAAUGGAACAAAUGUUGGUAUCCAUGGGUCAUCAAUCAUGUGGUGCAGUUGCUUUAUGGAACUUUCCAACAUGGCUAAGGAACCUCGUUGCACAUGAUAUUGAUGGAGAAGAUAGACCUGAUCCAGUUGACAUGGCUACUAUGGAAGUUUAUAGAGAUAGAGAAAGAGGCAUCGCGAGGUAUAAUGAAUUCAGAAGAAACAUGCUAAUGAUUCCAAUUAGCAAAUGGGAAGAUUUAACAGAUGAUGAAGAGGUUAUUGAAGGUCUCAAAGAGGUAUAUGGAGAUGAUGUUGAGAAGCUGGACUUAAUUGUGGGUCUCCAUGCAGAGAAGAAGAUAAAAGGGUUUGCUAUAAGUGAGACUGCUUUCUUUAUCUUUGUGAUCAUGGCUUCAAGGAGGCUAGAAGCGGACCGUUUUUUCACGACGAAUUUCAACUCCAAAACAUACACAGAUGAAGGGCUGGAAUGGGUAAACAACACAGAGACUUUGAAGGAUGUGAUUGACAGGCACUUCCCUGAAAUGACUGAAAAAUGGAUGACAAGCUCAAGUGCAUUCUCUGUGUGGGGUUCAAUGCCAUAUCCUAAGAAAUACUUGCCUCUAUAUUUGAGAUAAGCCAAAAAAAAAUUAUGCAUGAUUUAGAACCACUUGAACAACUAUAUAGUCACAGUUUUGAUCCUGUACUCAUAUAUGAAGCCUUUCAGAAUAAUUUCUUAGUCACUGCUCCUGUACUCAUAUAUGUCUUUCAACUUGAGCAUAGUCACUGCUCUGUAUUUGUAUUAGCAUUUUAAUAAUGUAAACUUUCAAUUUAGUCUCUUACUA